AUGGAUCAAAUUUCUAAGCCUGUGCACACUCUGGUGCUUGACUCAGGUGCCAUUAUUAGGAACGAGCCACCGGUGUCGUCAUUGAUUGGACAAUCAGAAAGCAUCGUAACAGUGCCGGCUGUCAUCUCUGAGAUCCGAGAUGCGCCAACUAGAUUGCGAGUAGAGACUACUUUACUCCCUUUCCUCACCAUUAGAAGGCCGAGCCCGGCAAGCGUAAAGUUCGUUACCGAUUUUGCGCGCAAAACUGGAGAUUUGGCCGUACUCAGCAAGCCAGAUAUUGAGAUCAUUGCUUUGACUUACGAGAUCGAAUGCGAGCGGAACGGAGGCGACUGGAGAUUACGCAGAGUGCCUGGGCAAAAGCGUGUCAACGGUGCACCUCCGGCUAGGUCUACUGAAGUUUUGGGAAACGAAAUCAUGGAGCAGGACAAACUGCAUUCCAGUGGUCCGGACGCGCAUGUCGCAGCUUCAUCUGCACCAACACAGCCUGUGGUCGAGCUGUCGGAGGACCUAGAAAAGGUACGAAUUGACGACGACGCACAAGCGAACGCCGACGAAGAUGCGGCGAAGGUCGACUCUGCGCACAACUCUGGCGCCAGCCAACCAGCCACUGACUCUGAUUCGGAAGGCUGGAUCACUCCUUCCAAUCUCAAGAAGCGACAGGCCGAAGAUGCAGGCUCAUCAAUCUCGCUGUCAUCCGAGCCGAAGUCCAUGCAAGUGGGCGUUCUGACGACCGACUUCGCGAUGCAGAAUGUGAUAUUGCAGAUCAACCUCAACCUACUGUCAUCCUCUUUAACUCGGGUUAAGCAUCUCAAGACAUUCGUAUUACGCUGCCACGCCUGCUUCCAGGUGACGAAAGACAUGACCAAGCAGUUCUGCCCGAGGUGUGGCCAACCGAGCCUUACCCGCGUGUCAUGCUCCACUAACGCCAACGGCGAGUUCAAGCUGCACCUCAAGAAGAACAUGCAGUGGAACACCCGCGGUGACCGCUACAGUAUACCGAAGCCAGUCCACGGGUCGGCGAACGGUCGCAUCAGCGGUGGUGGCAAGGGUGGUUGGGGUCAUGAUCUAAUCUUGACCGAAGAUCAGAAGGAGUAUGAGCGGGCGAGCAAGGUGGAGAGGAAGCAGAAGGAGAGAAGUUUCAUGGAUGAGGAUUACCUGCCAAGCAUUCUGACCGGUGACAGAGGGCGGGCGGGUGGUAGAAUCAAGGUUGGAGCUGGAAAGAAUGUCAACUCGAGGAAACGCUGA